AUGCCGCCGGAGAAAUCGCCGCAGUCCCCAGUGGCUUGUGGACAAAGAGUACUAAUUUCGAACAAACUUGGGGAGAAGCUUGUUGGUUUAUUACAUGAAGCAUGUUCGAAGGAACUUGUGAUACUUUGUCAUGGAUUCAGAGCUACAAAGGACGACAGUAUCUUGGUCGACCUUGCCGCUGCACUAGCAAGUGUUGGAGUUAAUGCUUUUCGGUUUGAUUUUGCUGGAAAUGGGGAAAGUGAGGGUCUAUUCCAAUAUGGGAACUACCGAAAAGAGGCAGAUGACUUGCGCUCUGUAGUAUCUUAUUUCUCAGAACAGAAGUAUGACAUAAUUGCCCUUGUUGGGCAUAGCAAAGGAGGAAAUGCUGUGCUUUUAUAUGCUUCCAUGUACCAUGAUGUUACCGUCAUUGUGAAUAUUUCUGGCCGCUUUGCUUUAGAGCAAGGUAUGGAAGGGCGGCUGGGGAAGAAUUUCCUGCAGAGGAUAAAGAAAGAUGGAUACAUAGACGUCAGAAAUAAAAAAGGGAAGUUUGAGUACCGGGUGACAGAAGAAAGCCUGCGAGAUCGCCUGAGCACUGAUACCCUGCUUUCGAGCCGCUCCAUAAGCAAAGACUGCAGGGUUCUCACGGUUCAUGGCUCUGAAGAUGAAACGGUCCCAGCGAGAGACGCCCUGAUGUUUGCUGCGAACAUCCCAAACCAUGACUUGCAUAUAGUCGUGGGAGCCAACCAUCGGUACACAGGCCACGAGCAAGAGCUGACAUCACUCGUACUGGAUUUCAUCAAGCCCCGUCCUCGAAAAUCAUCAUCCUUACGUCCGAAAUUGUGA